AUGUUUAAAAAAAAGUCCAAGGCAACAUUUGUGUCAUUUGUAGAUCAGAGGAUUGGGGCUGAUAAGCACAUCUCUACCCCUGCUGCUGCUACAUCACCUUCAAAAUCUGUUAAUCAAACUGGGUCUACUGCAAUGAAUAAAUCAUCACUAAAUAUCACAGAACAAGAGGAUGCAUGUUCGAAACAGUUCCUACCUGGGGAGAUUGUGGUGCUGGAGGUGAGGAACGUGGCGAGGUACCUUCCAUUCAGUGAUGGUGGCAGUGGCGUGUUCGGUAGUCUCUACAUCACCACCUACAGACUGUCAUUUGUCCCCAUCGUGUCACUUUAUCAUCACAACAUCAGCAACAACAACAGCAACAACAACAUCGAUGAUGAUAAGAGUUUAUACAGAGCCCAUAAAUUCCUAACUUCAGAUGACAUUCCACUGACAAACAUUAAUGAAGUUUACCAAGUGGGUAAGAACAAGAGGAAGAAACUGCACAGAGGAGGUUCGCUGCCCAGAGGUGGCUGCAAAAAACUUGAAGUCUACUGCAAGGACUUCAGCCUACACUUGUUCUCAUUCAACAAUGUUGAAGACUCUGAUGACGUUAAGAAGCUCUUAUACUCCAUCAUCCAAUUCACCAAUCCAACACGGCACGAACUCCUCUUUGCCAAUGUUUUCAAGGGCACUUGUUCAUCUGGUUUCCAGUCUCUUUCAAGUGUUUAUAAUGAGGUUUCUUAUUGGCUGACAGAACUUAGCAACUGCAACGCGAUUGGUUACAGGGUAACCAAUUGUAAUUCGGGCUUUAAACUGGCAGAGAACUUACCGGAAUGUUUCGUCGUACCUGAGUCUCUGACUGACGAGUUGAUACACAAGUACAACCUCAACAGCAGCAAUCCCUGCUUCCCUAUCUGGUCGUACACACAUACCAAUGGUGUUUCCCUGCUGAGGAUGUCGUACGAAUCGAACCCUGGAUCUGAAAACAUAGUUUUGCAACACAUUGUGAAGCAAAUAUCAUCAUCUACGACAUCAUGUGAUGCGGUGAAGAUGAAAAUCGUUGACCUGGGGUCCCCAAUGUUGGGCUUGCCCACCACCACGAAAGAUCUGUGGCGAGGUGACGGCAGUUGGUGUGCGUCGGUCGAGUCGUCUCGCUGGAUGGCCUGCGUGUCUGCGUUCCUUUACGUCGCCCAGGAGGUUGUUCACUUGAUGACUGUCGACAAUAGGAUCGUCAUUCUGAAAGACCACACCGUCGCACAUGCUCACAUCCUCACACAUCCACAUCCUCACACAUCCACAUGUUCACACUUCCACAUUUUCACAUAUUCUCACACAUCCACAUCCUCACACAUCCACAUCUUCAUACAUCCAUCCACAGAAGCAGUCGCCACUGACUACAGCCUCCUCAUUUCCUGCUUGUGUCAGCUGAUGAUGAACGAGAGAGUGAGGAAAUUGGAUGGGUUCGAACGAAUGAUAGAACGAGAGUGGAUGAGUAUGGGCCAUCCUUUCUGUUAUAGAUUGGGGUUUUUGUCCGAUGCUAAUAAUAGCAGCAAUGUUGGGAGUAGUGGCAUAAAUUUAGCUGGAGGUAGCUUCGGGUUAGGUGGUGGUAGUGGAGGAGGAGGAGGAAGCAGUAGCAGCGGCAGCUCCAACCACAACACAAAAAGUCCCGUGUUCCAAGCUUUCCUUGAUUGUGUGUGGCAGAUAACACAGCAGCAUCGCGACCAGUUCGAAUUUUCGACCAUCUACCUCACGACAUUGCACGACUCGUUGUUCGUUGGCCUCUUCGACGCUUUCGUGUGCAAUUCACCGAAACAGAGGAGGAACUACUCCUCUAGCUGUCCCCGACAUCAACUAUUCGACGUCUUUGAUUGGCAGGUCCAGUACAACGAAUAUGAUAUAUCCUACUUCAGAAAUCCUCUCUACUACAAGCAGUUCAUUCGAUCAAUCAAGAGCUGCAAUCUCUUGCUCGAUGACGAUGCAGACGCGGAUUUGGAUAACUUAAUUGCUGGUUAUCCAAUUAGCAAUCCAUUGACGAGGUCGGAAAUUAAUAGAAGUCACGGCAGGCUGGAUGAUAAUAAGUCUGUCAAUAGUUGUAAUGGCCCUAACGUCAACAGCCACAUCGUUAGUAACAUCAACAACGACAACAACAACGACAACAACAAGAUAGGAUUGCUGCAGAUGAUCGCUUAUAAUACUGAUUCAAUCAAUAAAAAAAUUCUCCUCGGACACAACUUUGGCAAGAAAGACAUUUUUGGUUUUUUUAAGCAACACCUACCAACGGGUAUUAACAACGCAACAGCAGCAGCAACGCCGAAAUCAAAAGCCAAAUUUUUCAUUGAUUUCAAUGGGGACAUCCCGAAUUCAGACAAACCAACAACGUCAUCUUCGUUAAUGUCGUCAUCGCUGUACGAGAACAAAUCAGAAACAACUAAUGGAGAUAAAAUGUCAGACCUGUUGCGCGAUAAAACAGCUAAAAGGUCAAUCAACGCAUCCUGCUAUCCGGGAAGUCCUGACGUUAAAAAUAACAAAUUCAUCUCUUAUUUCGAUAUGGAUUCUAAUGAUAGUAACCUGGCAUCCUCCCUCACAUCGUCCUCAUCAUCGCCUCUCCUCAGUGCCAACAAACAAACUGAUCCUGAUACUUUGUACAUUAAGCCUUAUAUAUCCUGUUUGCAUUUCUGGGAUCACUGCUAUUUGAGGUGGCUCAGUCCACUCGAGUUACUAGGGGGCGGUCAUCUCGUUGAAUACUUUACUCAGGUUCAAUUAAUAUUGGACAUCACCUCUCUGCAGUACGACAUAACAAAACUGAAGAACAAAAUAAAUCUCCUCGAUGGCGGCAGUAGGGACCUGCAGGUGCGAGAAAAAAAGUCAACCCCUUUCAGAGUCCCUUCUGGGACAUCCAUCAACCCCAACAACCACAAAAUUAUUUACAAAACGAAUGAUGGCGGUGACGAGGAAGAUCGUGUCAGUGAAGAUGGUAUCUACAAAAACGGAUUGCUGACUGAUAGCAGACAUGAGGUUUUUGAUAGGAAUGAUGGCAUAGACCAUGAAAUCCCCCCUAAUUCAAUCGAUGACGAUGACUUUCUUUUUCAUCCGAAUGAAAGACUUAUCACAUCCUUUAGAGUGCCAGCCACCUGUCCACCACUAACUACCACGCCAGUGAAGUUAAAUCUUUCCCACAUACCAGCCCCCGCUAAGAACGAAACACAUCGUCCACGGUCAGCGAGUUCUUCUACAAAUGAUAACCAAAUCAUCGGAUCGCCCACCAUCUCAAACGCUCCGCCAUAUUUUCUACCCCCGCCCGAGUACUUCACCUCUUCUUACCCCUACCCCAUCAAACGUCACCUGCUCACGUCAUUUGCCACCCCGAUAUUCUUUCCAACAGAGAACCAAAGAUCUUCUUAUACGGACUCUGACAUGGCAAGUAUUGACGAAAUGUCUUCCUCCUUGGUUUCAUCUUGUUAA